ACAGAGAUACGAUUUCUCAACAGUAGGUCAAAUUCCAUAAAAACUUGUGGUGAGACACUCUCAUAUAUGCAUCGGCCCACAUUCCAAUUCCGAUUUCAACUGAUUCCUUGAUUUUGAUCCGGUUCUGGUUCUUCACAACCGGUUUCCGGUGAAUACCCAUUUCUGAAAUCACGAGAUCCCAGUAACCCCAUUAUUGCCCACCAAUUAGAGGGAGAAUACAAAAAGCCGUCGUCGGAAAACCACAAAAAUGGAGGGAUGGGACACAACGACGAAAUCAGUCCUAACUAAAAUCCCUCUUUUGACAGCAAAAGCAGGACCACGCGACGGUGCGCAAUGGACGCAGCGUUUGAAGGAGGAGUACAAGGCUUUGAUCGCCUAUACUUCCAUGAACAAAGCCAACGAUAAUGAUUGGUUUCGUAUUUCUGCUGCUAAUCCAGAAGGUACUCGAUGGACGGGAAAGUGUUGGUAUGUUCAUAAUCUGCUCAAGUAUGAGUUCGAUCUUCAGUUUGAUAUUCCUGUCACUUACCCUGCUACUGCUCCUGAACUUGAACUCCCUGAACUUGAUGGCAAAACACAUAAGAUGUAUAGGGGAGGGAAGAUUUGCUUGACGGUGCAUUUCAAGCCUCUUUGGGCCAAAAAUUGCCCUCGGUUUGGUAUAGCGCAUGCUCUGUGUUUGGGUCUUGCUCCAUGGCUUGCGGCAGAGAUUCCCAUCCUUGUCGAUUCAGGCAUGAUCAAGCACAAAGAUGAUGUUGCCACAGCCAGCGACAGUUAGUUAUCCUUUUAAAGGUAGCCGAAUAAUGAACUAACCGGAAAAUUAGUGUUCCUUGUUUCCAUCGGAUACUUUUGAGAUCAGUACAUUGUACUCCGUUUUCUGUAAUGCACAGCAUAAUAAUUAUAAUAACUAAUCUGUAAUAACAAAAAUUGUUAUUACUCAA